AUGGCCCAGCAAUUUAAGGAAGCCGCCCGCUGCCGCGUCUGCCUCAUGUACUUGGAGGACCCGGUGAAGCUCAAGUGCGGCUUCGACUGCUGCCGCCGGUGCCUGGCCGGCCUGCCCAAGGCGCCGGACGGGGAGGGGGUGCUGUGCUUCAACUGCUCCCAGGUCUCUCGGAAGAAGCACAUCAAGCCCAACAGGCUGCUGGGCAGGCUGGCGGCCAAGGUCAAGGAGCUGGAGCCCCAGCUGACAUCCAUCCUGACGAUGGACCCCAGGAUUCGCAAGUUCCGGGUGGACAUGACCUUGGACCUGGACACCGCCCACAACUACCUCGUCAUCUCGGAGGACCUGCGGCGGGUCCGCAUCGGGGGUGACCCACAGGGGCGCCCAGCCCACCCCGGGAGAUUCAACGACUCCCCCUGCGUCCUGGGCGCCGCCCGCUUCACCUCGGGCCGCCACUACUGGGAGGUGGACGUGGCGAGCAGCCGCGAGUGGAGCGUGGGCCUCUGCCGGGAGGCGGCGCCCCGGCAGGGCGAGGUGGUGCUCUCCGCCGAGCUGGGCUUCUGGACCGUGAGCUGCAGCGACGGCGACAAGUUCGUGGCCGGCACCCAGCCCCCCUUGGGGCUCCUGGUCCAGCCGCGCCUGCGCCGCCUCGGCCUCUUCCUGGACGUGGAGCUGGAGACCUUCUCCUUCUAUCACGCGGCCGACGGGUCCCACGUGUUCACAUUCCCCGCCGUUGCGGCCGCGGAGCCCCUGCGCCCCUUCUUCGGGCCUGCGGGCUCCUCCGAGGACGGCGAGAGCUGGCUGGCCGUCUGUCCCUGA